AUGUCCCGGAUGGAUUGCACGCACACAUCAACCGAUGGUCGCUCACGCGCAAUCCAUCUGGUCCAGUUUUUACCGCCAACACUACCGCCAACACCACCGUCCGUACCACCGCCAACACUACCGCCAACACCACCGUCCGUACCACCGCCAACUCCACCGUCCGUACCACCGCCAACGCCAUCGUCCGUACCACCGCCAACACUACCGCCAACACCACCGUCCGUACCACCGCCAACGCCACCGUCCGUACCACCGCCAACACUACCGCCAACACCACCGUCUAUACCACCGUCAACGCCACCGCCAACAACACCAUUCCAGCCUCGCUUCCCGAGACCAAAGCUACAGUCGAGAACAAAAUUCUGCGCCGCCCUACCGUCGUCCCUGCCAAAGCCGGAGUUCCUGCAACAGUUUCUGCUGUCGUUGCAACGGAUGCUCCUGCCGUUGCUCCUCCUCUGACCGAUGUGCUGCAGGUGAUAACCGAGCUGUCAGCUACAAUAAACCGCCCCUU